CUGCGCUGGCUGAAGUCGCGCUGCCCUCGGCGGAGGUCACCGCGCGGCUUCAGACUGGCCAGACUGAUGGAUGAGAGUAGGGAGCCGGGACACGAGCUGCCAUAAUGAUUGCAAAGACAAGCCUUACUUCAUUCCUGCCUGACAUCCAAAAAAUAUAGAUGUGUAUCAAGUUCUGAUUCAAAAUUGUCAAAAAAUGGCAUCCAAGAAGGAACUGACUAGCGAUGAGCGGUUUAGCCGUGUUACAAAGGACCCUAGGUUUUGGGAAAUGCCAGAAAAAGACCGCAAAAUCAAGAUUGACAAAAGAUUUCAGGCUAUGUUUCAUGACAAGAAGUUUAAGUUGAAAUAUACUAUUGAUAAAAGAGGCCGUCCUGUUAACCACAGCUCUACAGAGGAUCUGAAACGGUUCUAUAAUCUUUCAGAUUCAGACUCUGAUCUUUCAGGAGUUGACACCAAAGUAUUUGCUGGAAAGAAAAUGAAGAAGAAAAAAAAGUCAAAAUCGAAAGGAGGAAUAGACUCUGGGAAAUUGCUUGACAAACCUACUGAAGGGGAAAGCAAAAUAGUUAAUCAGGAAAUGGGCCACAAAUGUGGAGCUCCAUCAAAAUCUGAUGACUCCCAGAAUGGACAGAAAAGCAUCACAAGGACUGCCAGCUCAUGUAGCCCAAAGCUGAAAGAGGACUGCAAGAAAAUUAAUGUAGAAAGUGAUCCUACACAGGAUGAUAAAGGACUCAUAUGGAAAGGGAAAAACAAGCAAAUUGUGGUGAGCUCAGAUUCAUCUCUAAGCAAACAAGAGACUUCAAAAGCAAGUAGUACUAAAUCAGUCAAGGCUCCCAAAACAAAGUUUUCUUUAGAGGAAAAGAAAACUGAAUCAGAAUCCAAAGAUGACGGAGAAACCGGCGAGGAAGAGGAGUUGGAAGAUGAGGGAGAAACAGGAGAGGAAGAGGAGUCAGAAGAUGCCAGAGAAACAGGAGAGGAAGAUAGUGAUAUUGAUUCAGAAGAAGAUGAAAGUGACAGUGGGCCCGAUCUGGCUAGGGGGAUAGGAAAUAUUGAAACCAGUUCUGAAGAUGAAGAGGAAAAUGAUAUGUCUGCAGUAUUUACAAAGGCACCAAAGAUUGAGCAUGCCUGGAGAGAACUGCAUAUGGAUGCUCCUCGUGCAGAUGAGAUAACAAGUAGAUUGGCAGUUUGCAACAUGGACUGGAAUAGGCUGAAGGCUAAAGACCUCCUGGUUUUGUUUAAUUCUUUCAUACCCAAAGGAGGUGUUAUAUUUUCUGUAAAGAUUUAUCCUUCAGAGUUUGGAAAGCAGAGAUUGAAAGAGGAGGAGCUGCAAGGACCUGUAGAACUAUUAAGUCUUCCAGAGGACGGCACAGAUAAAGAUUGGAUUUGUAGGGAAAUACUAAGGGAUUAUCAGUUCAAACGACUGAAAUACUUCUAUGCAGUGGUAGAAUGUGAUUCUCCUGAAACAGCCAAUACAAUUUAUGAGGCGUGUGAUGGACUGGAAUUUGAAAGUAGCUGUUCUUUUGUAGAUCUCAGAUUUAUUCCAGAUGAUGUUACAUUUGAUGAUGAGCCAAAGGACAUAGCCUCAGAAGUGGAUGGAGCUGCAUAUAAACCAAAGUACUUCACAUCUGCUGCUAUGGGAACAUCAACGGUGGAUAUAACAUGGGAUGAGACAGAUCAUGAAAGAAUAACUUUACUACAGAGAAAUUUUAAAAAAGAUGAACUUCUUGACAUGGAUUUUCAAGCUUAUUUGGCUUCAUCUAGUGAAGAGGAGGAAGAGCAACAAGGUGUUGAUGUAGCCCAUGAAACAGAAGAUGACAAACCCAAGAAAAACCAGAAGGAUGAUGAAGAGCAAAUUGCCAGAUACAGAGAACUCUUGCAGAGUAUCCAAGAAAAAGAGAAGAAACGAGACGAAAAUGAUAUGGAAAUGGAGAUUAAAUGGGUUCCAGGACUGAAAGAAACUGCUGAAGAGAUGGUUAAAAGCAAAUUGGAAGGAAAGGAUAAACUAACUCCUUGGGAACAAUUUUUAGAAAACAAGAAAGAGAAAAGAAAACUGAAAAAGAAAAGAAAGGCUACUGCCAAAGAAGAAUUGAAUGAAGAUGAAUUUCCAUCUGAUGUUGACUUGAAUGACCCAUACUUUGCUGAGGAACUUGGGAAAACAGGUUUAAAGAAAAUAUCAAAGAAAUUCAAGACAAAAGAAAGUGCCCCAGAAAAAGAAGCAGAGACAGAAAAGCAUGAGGCUGAAAUGGCACUGCUUAUGAUGGAUGAUGAGGAGGAUGACAGAAGACAUUUUAACUAUGAGAAGAUUGUAAAACAACAGAAUCUGAGCAAGAAGAAAAAGAAACUACUAAUGAAAAAGAAGGAGUUGUUAGAAGAUGAUUUUCAGGUGGACGUUGCUGAUACAAGGUUUCAAGCACUGUAUACUUCCCACUUGUUUAAUUUGGACCCUUCUGAUCCAAACUUCAAAAAGACAAAAGCAGUGGAAAAAUUUUUGGAGGAGAAAGCUCGCCAAAGAGAACAAAAGCAACAGAAUCUUGCAAAGCAGAUACAGGAGAAUGAGAUUGGAAAGAAGGGAAACAUCGCUAAGAAAGCUGUAGAUCCUGCUUUAUCAAUGCUAAUAAAAUCUAUCAAAAAUAAAACAGAACAAUUUCAAGCCAGAAAGGAAUUGAAAAUAAAAUAAUGUCCAAUUGUUUGGCUUUCCUCAGUCCAGUCUGUACUCAUUACAAAAUGGCAAAAUUCAUAAGAACUUUAUGGAUGUUGAAUCCCAUAAACUGGGAAGAAUCAGUGCCAGUGUUGGGGCUUGGGAAUGAACUAUAGACAACCACUUGCAAUACCAUCUUUUCCCCUCCCACAAAUACCUCCUUGGAAUAGUAUAUUUGUAAAAUAGUUCACAAACAGCAUGUUUAACAAAAUUAAUUUACCUAAGUUGUUUAUUUCAUAACACCAUUUCAGUUAAAACUAAUAGAAAUGUUAAAGAUGGCUACAAAGAACUUCCUUAGUUGUAGUAAUGGACACAUUUAUAAAUGAGUGUUUGUAACUUCAGGUCCUGAUAUGAUUUUUAAAAAACUUUGGAAUUUUAUAAUGGUGUUUUUAAUGCCCCAUGAGUCUGUAAAUACAAUGUUACUGAUGAAGAUAAUUUUAAUAUAACUGAAAGUGGA